GUGACUCCAGAAGAGUGCGUGCGACGUACCCGGGAAGUACUCGAUAUUUUAAGCGAUUUAAACGAUUGUAUCGAUGAUCCUUUUAACGUUAAAGAAUCGAUCGUGCAAGAUUGGUACUGGGUGAGGGAGUUGUGUAGGAAUGCUCAACGCGAAAAUUUCGACGUCGCCACUUAUCGGUUAAUCAGAGAUGUUGAAGGAAGAAUGAAUCGCAUUGAUAUACCCACGGCUGAUUAUAAGAUUGUUGACGAUAAUUUCAUUUUAUGCCUUUGGUUGUUCGUGGAAAUGGCAACACCUAUGUUUAAUCCGAGAGCGCCGCAAAAGCCUAAAUUAUUCGUGAAUUUUCCCGAAAUGAAUACGACCGUUUUAUUCCCUGGUGUUAUUGAUGGAAAAAAUGUUACUGUUCGUGGGAUUUACGUCAAAUACGACCAUUUAACUGAUACUUGCGCCUCUUUUNUUGGGUUGAAUGGAUAUUUCGUAUCUU